AUGAUGUCGAAUUCCUCUCAAUUCUAUGAUCUCCCCGUGGAGCUCUGGAGGGCAAUAUUAUCAUAUCUACCUAACCGCGAUAUCAAAACGCUCCGACUUGUCUCUAAACAAUCAUGCAAUUCAGUGGAGCUCAGACUGCAGCGAGUCUUUUUGUCGGCGAACCCCUUGAAUAUUAAGGUCUUUCGCGCGAUCGCAGAUCAUCAGAAAUUCCGACAUAAGAUUACAGAGAUUGUUUGGGAUGAUGCACGAUUUGCAAGGGGCCCAGGGGGAGAUAUCAAUCCUGAGCGCGGGCAAUACCUGCCAAAAUCCGAUGAAAGUGAUAACGAGACGGAGGAGUCUUUCGAAUCGAGACGACGUCGCGGUGAACUUGAGGGCCGAGGUGGGCCACCAGACUGGGAAUUUUACGAAGACGACUUUGACUAUACCAACAGGGAGGACGAGGAGUACGGCGAUACUGUCUAUCAAAUGAGGAAUAGUGCGAAUUUCCGCGGACAAAAUGUUCCACUCUGGUUCAAGGCCGCAUGUGUCACAAAUAUCGAAGAUCUACUUAUGCGGCGACGCAAGCUCAACAUGGUUGAGUCAUGGCAUCAAAAAUUCAAAACCGAGAAACAGCUGGGUUCGUCCGGGCCUUCAAUGAAUGAGUGUUGGGCAAUCUACCGGGGGCUGCUCCGCAAACAAGCGGAUGUUUUAGCUGGGAACUACGACGAGGAGGCGUUUCUGUACGGCCUCGAACGGUUCCCAGCACUGAAAAGAGUGACGGUUACACCCGCAGCCCACGGUGUCCCGUUUGCUCCAUUAUACUCCAGUCCUAUGAUUCGAGCAUUCCCGCAAGGGUUCAACUAUCCCAUCCCCCGUGGAUGGCCAACUUCAACCAGCGAAGAGCCAGAGGACGUGAUCACAUUUCCCUGGCAAAGAGUUGAUGAACGGCACAGAGAGAAGUACCGCGCAUUCCGUAUUGUUAUACGCGCCCUUGCACAACAGAAAAACAAGGUGGUGGAACUGGCUCUAGAUGCUCGACAACUAUACACAGGGAUCAACUGCACUAUAUUCGAUGAUCCUUGCGUGGAACACGAUCAUUUUCUGGCGGUUCUGAAAAAACCAGGCUUUCGUCGCCUAUAA